AGCUGUCGUGGACGACAACAAAAACCUGAUAAGAGGUGCAAAGUCGAGAGGAUUGAGUUUCACUUAAGAUCUUGCUUAGGAAAAACGAGCCUUACACAUAAUCAUCAAAGCGAGAGAAGUCCCUCCUGCAAAGUUUUGUCAUAACUGCCGGAUUUACUUGAGCUCCAGGUCGUCAAGCAAAGCAUCAGGUAGUUGGUUGCUUGUGACGAUGACUUCACCGGUGGUGUUGCUCAGUUUGGGUAAAGUCCGGGGAAAACGGGCUAAAACUCGAAAUGGAAGGCAAAUAUACUCCUUCCGUUCUGUUCCCUAUGCUUUACCACCCGUGGGCGAACUUCGUUUCCGACUUCCCGUGCCCGCGGGUUCGUGGAUCGGAAGUUUGGAUGCGUCUACCCGCGAAUCACCGCAAUGUCCCCAAGUGAGCGUUCUCAGUCCGGAAUCCAAAAUCUUUCUGGGAUCGGAAGAUUGUCUUUACUUGAAUGUGUUCACGCCUCAUUUACCCGGUGCCGGUCGGCGGGCACUUUUCCCCGUCAUGGUUUUUUUCCACGGAGGAGCUUUUAAUGUGGGAUCAAAUCACAGCCGUCUCUACGGACCAGAUUAUCUGUUGGAUUAUGGCGUGGUACUAGUGUCGGUGAAUUAUCGGAUUGGCCCCUUGGGAUUUCUGAGCUUAGAAUGUGACGAUGCACCGGGAAACUUGGGUUUACACGAUCAAGUUUUAGCUUUAAAGUGGGUACACGAGCACAUUGGUUGCUUCGGAGGUGAUCGCAACAACGUUACGUUGUUCGGCGAAUCAGCGGGGGCCAUGUCUAAUUUUCUGCAUUUAGUUUCACCGUUAUCACGAGGUCUCUUUCACAAGGUAAUUGCUCUCUCGGGAAGUGGUUCCACCCCAUUCCUGCACAACGACCGGAAACCUUCGAUUUACGCCAAAGCAAUGGUCAAAGCUUUAGGUAUAGAUCCGAAGCUUCCCAAUUCGGAUAUCUUACUGGCUCUUCAAGCACUACCCGUGAAAGCCAUCAUGGAAAAGAGCACUCUCUUCAAAGAUUGGGAUGUCACCAAUCCUUUGCCGUGGAAGCCAAUCGUCGACGAUUUUGCUACGCUCUCAUUUUUACCCCAACCCUUCCAAGACCUAGUUCAACAAGGCCACGUGUGCAAAAAUAUUCCAAUCCUGGCCGGUUGCAAUUCGGAGGAGGGGCUGAUUUUAAGUGCGCCUUUCCACAAAUCCCAACGCCGAUGGGACCUACUCUUCACUCAAUGGGAACAAUGGGCACCUCAGCUGUUUUUCAAUCGAGAGACCGAUCUCAUUACGGAAUCAGAUCAAUCCUGUGUUUCGAAAAUCAAAGAGAGGUUUUUCCCUGGGGCCGGAUUCCCGCCCAGAAAUGACUUGAACUUAAAGCGCUUGGAGCAGAUAUACUCGUUGGCCAUAUUUCAAGCUCCGUUGGCCCGAGACUUGAAGCUUUUGUUUGCCCAAGACCUACCCAUUUAUUCGUAUAACUUUCAAUAUCAAGGACCUAUGAGUAUGGUCGACCUGUUUCGCCUCCCGGUCUUGAAGAUGCUCCUCAAUUUCUCAGGCCGACAUCUGGGGGCAAAAUUCUACCAGAAACAAUUAGGUGUCUGUCACGGAGAUGACCUGUUCUACAUUUUCCCGUUUUCUCUCAUGGGCUUCCCUUCCACGAUCAAAUCAGCCAGUGACCUCCGGACCAGUGAGCAUUUCCUCGCUCUACUCACGAAUUUUGCUCACUUCGGCAACCCCACCCCAGAAAAUAAAAUGGGUUUCAAAUGGGAACCAUGGAGCGAGGAGUCGAAAUUACACUUAAAUAUCGGAGCUGGUUUAGCCAUGGGCUCGAACCUCGCUUUGGACAGUCACAUCAAGUUUUGGAAUCAACUUCUCGAGGUCAAUAAAUUUGAGCCAAGUCGAGUCGAGAUUCGACGAUUGCAUUCCGCCAUUGCGGAAAGACGAAAUUUAGUCACAGAUGCUUCCCAACUCUUAUCGUGAUCAUCCCUUCCUUUAUUACCAUUCAUAUCAUUGGAUCAAAAGUGUACAUCAUUAUUGCAUUUAAUUACACAUACCAGGUGACUCAUGAGUCAUGACACCUUGGCUUGGAUGAGUAUCCGAAUAAAUGUGUGUCUGUCAAAAUGGACGACAAAUCCA